AGGUAUCUAGGGCUUGGCCUCCCAGCCUCCUGCCUGGCUCUUGCUCUGUGCGCAUGUGCACCUUAAGCCUCCCCAGUUUGUCCUGAGCCCAAGACUGCACAGCUGUGGGACCCAGGGAGGCGAGAUCAGCCUCUUUGCUCCCUACCGAGCUCAGCAAAGCCUCCUUAGGGCCUUCCGUCCUGUCUACCGUGAUGGGUAUCCUGGGGAGUGAGAAACAAGACUUUUCCCAAAUGAAGAGAACGUACCUGCUCGUGGUGGGGGUUUCCUUGCUGCUGUCCUUUAACAGGGCAGAAGAAGGGCUGAACUUCCCUACGUACGACGGGAAGGACCGGGUGGUCAGCCUUUCGGAGAAGAACUUCAAGCAGAUCUUGAAGAGAUAUGACCUGCUCUGUCUCUACUACCACGAACCAGUGCCUUCGGACAAGGUUGCGCAGAAACAGUUCCAGCUGAAGGAGGUUGUGCUGGAGCUUGUGGCCCAGGUUCUGGAACAUAAAAAUAUAGGCUUUGUGAUGGUAGAUGCAAGGAAAGAAGCCAAACUUGCCAAGAGACUGGGUUUCAAUGAAGAAGGAAGCCUGUAUGUUCUGAAGGGCGAUCGCACGAUUGAGUUUGAUGGGGAGUUUGCAGCGGAUGUCUUGGUGGAAUUCCUCUUGGAUCUCAUUGAAGACCCAGUGGAGAUCGUGAACAACAAGCUGGAACUGCAGGCCUUUGAGCGCAUUGAGGACCACAUCAAGCUCCUUGGCUUCUUCAAGAACGAGGACUCGGAAUAUUACAAAGCGUUCCAAGAGGCAGCCGAACACUUCCAGCCCUACAUUAAGUUCUUCGCCACCUUUGACAAGGGGGUCGCAAAGAAGAUGUCCUUGAAAAUGAAUGAAGUCGGCUUCUAUGAGCCAUUUAUGGAUGAGCCCAAUGUCAUCCCUAACAAACCUUACACAGAAGAGGAGCUUGUGGAAUUUGUAAAGGAACACCAAAGGCCCACCCUCCGUCGCCUGCGCCCAGAGGACAUGUUUGAAACAUGGGAAGACGACUUGAAUGGGAUCCACAUUGUGGCCUUUGCGGAGAAAAGUGACCCAGAUGGCUAUGAGUUCCUGGAGAUCCUGAAACAGGUUGCCCGGGACAACACUGACAACCCUGACCUGAGCAUCUUGUGGAUUGACCCAGAUGACUUUCCGCUGCUUGUUGCUUACUGGGAGAAGACUUUCAAGAUUGACCUGUUCAAGCCACAGAUUGGGGUGGUGAAUGUAACUGAUGCUGAUAGCGUCUGGAUGGAGAUUCCAGAUGAUGAUGAUCUGCCCACAGCGGAGGAGCUGGAAGACUGGAUUGAGGAUGUGCUUUCUGGGAAGAUCAACACUGAAGAUGAUGACAAUGAAGAAGAAGAUGAUGAUGGUGAUAAUGACAAUGAUGAUGAGGAUGAGGAUGAUAAUUCUGAUGAUGAGGAUGAUGAUGACAGCGAUGAUGAUGAUGAUGAUGAUGAUGAUGAAUAGCUCCAGCCCUGGGUGGUUCUAAUGAGAACUACAUCACAACUACCCCCUACCAUACAGACAGCUCAAGGAGGCAGGGAGCAGUGGUGCCCACACCCAGUGACCUCUUUUCCUUUCUCUAGCAUCUUUUUCUAUAUUCUGUCCUCGGCAGAAGUGGUGCGUUUCAGUGAAUGCCUUUCUAAACCCCGCAGUCCUCAGCAGGGACAGAAGGGGUGUGAUUCCCAUGCUGAUUUCUUUUAACCGUGGAGGAACAAACAGCUCUUGUUCUUUGCUAGACCAUCUCGGGUCAAGGAAUUCUGGGAGUCUGGGGGACAGCCUGAUACCUUUACUCAAGUUUACUUACUGUCUUUAAUUCUGAUGGUGAGUUCACCAGCAGGGAGUGGCUUUCUAAUCAGAGCCCAGGAAGGACACAUGAUUAUUCAAUUCAGUCCCCCAAACCUAGAACUUCUGUGAACUCAGACUCGAGCCUUUGGAUGGCUACAAGGACUCCUUGAAAUGUGUGGGCAUCACCAAAUGUGUGGGCAUCACCAUCAUUUCUGGAAUAGGAUGCUCUGUUUGGGUCACUUAGCUCUAUGAACAUCCCAUCAAUUGGCAAACCUCAUAUAUUCACCAGCUGUAAGCGAGGAAAGAGGCUGAAAGAUAAAAGGCUUUUCAUUUUUCUGAUGGAGAUUGUUUAGGUCUCUGAAUGGGUCUGCUGGCUGCCUAGGGUGAGCUGGGAACUGAAUGCCCCCUCUCUGUUCCCGCUAGUGAGCUGUCCCAUUCUGAGUUAAAAUUGCUUUAUCCAAUGGUCAAUUAACUCUCCAUUCAUCAGCACUCCCAUAGUUGACCAGGGCAGUGAUAAUUAGAGUUCAUGAUGCCCUGAGGCACUGAGAUAAAUGAUCCCCAAGUGCCUUUUGAAUUAUCUGGAAAUAACGUUGUGCUUGGUAGUUUUAGAUGCUAAGUGUUCUAAUUUAUUUUUGAAAUCUGUUAACAUGGAGAAGACCCUGUAUGGUUUUGUUUUUGAAAUUGGGGCAGUCCUUUUCUGGAAUAGCAAUAAGCUAAUGGGCAUUAAACUCAUGUUUUGAAAA